AUGAAGAUGGGAGGAACCUGGCUGCGUCUGCCGGUUGGACAGUACUUCCUGGCUCUGGGACACAGGCACUUUUCAAACAAAUAGAGAAACAUGAUGGAUUUCAGAAAAUUCAGGCUGUUUGUUUGCCUUGUAGGGCUCAGUUGUGCUAGCUUCUGGUUUUUUUACAACAGUUUGACCGAAUUCUGUGUAUUCUGUGGAAACAGCCAACAUUACAUAUUCCUCACAGAGACUUCUAGGAGAUUCAGCGGAAACUUCUUGCAGCUCCCAGAUAUAGACUGCCAUAAGAACCCACCUUUCCUCGUCCUGCUUGUGACAUCCUCGUACCACGACAUCGAUGCCAGGAUGGCCAUUCGGCAAACCUGGGGGAAGGAGAGAACAGUCGCCGGCAAGCGCCUGGUGACAUAUUUCCUCCUGGGAAACACUGUGAAUCUCAGCCAGCAGGCUGGUAUCACUGCUGAAAGCCAAAAGUACAAAGACAUUAUUCAAAAGGAUUUUAUAGACACGUAUUACAAUUUGACUUUGAAGACCAUGAUGGGAAUUGAAUGGAUUCACAGAUUUUGUUACCAGUCCAGCUUUGUGAUGAAAACCGACACAGAUGUGUUUGUCAAUGUUUUUUACCUCACUGAGCUUCUUCUAAGGAAAAAGAGGACCACUAGAGUCUUCACAGGCUUUUUAAAACUAAAUGAGUACCCCAUACGGAGAAGAGGGAGUAAGUGGUACGUGAGUGAAGAAGAGUACCCGGGAAAGACCUACCCACCAUUUUGUUCCGGGACUGGCUAUGUUUUCUCCACCGACGUUGCUAGUCAGAUCUAUAAUGUUUCGGAUAAUGUUUUGUUCAUUAAACUGGAGGAUGUAUUCAUAGGACUGUGCCUUGCCAAAUUAAACAUUCAGCUGGUGGAGCUCCAUUCAGAGCAGACGUUUUUUCCAGAAAGGAUUCGCUUCUCUGUUUCUCGCUUUAAGAAAAUCGUGAUGUGCCAUAAAAUAAAACCAUCUGAGCAGCUGAGCUACUGGAAUCAGUUAGUGACAGAAAAUGACGGAGGAGUGCUCUAG